UAAGGCAAUUCGCGCGCUUUUCACUUCCACCUUCUUUAAACUGCGGGAAAAAACUUGUGGCAGUCAGAUACGGAAAAGAAUUAAAUAAUUAAAUAGUAUAUAAUCAAAGAAUCCACUCGUCAUGGACAUCGACUUCGGCGCGGAGGCGGGGCAGUCCUAUCGAACAGUGCAGCUCUCCGCGAAAGAAGUGCUCGCUGCUGGCCGCCGUCAGCAUUAUUGUAACAUGAUUGACCUGUUAGCCAGUAGUUGCAAGAGCUCCGGAUUAAUAGAUACGCUCUUCACGGACGAUGAGCUGGUGGAGUUUUGGCUAGGUGACAUCGUACCACUCAUGUUCGAUACGGACCGCAAGAUUCAGGACUGCGCAGUCGCAGCCCUGGCGGAGGCAUUGGUGGCCCUUGAUGUCGCUGUCAUCCACUCGACCAAGUGCUGGCCCCAGAUUCGCAAUGAAUUCGUUAACAAUUACACCACGCGAAUUGGGGAGAUGCGCGAUGCCAAAAACUCCAACUGGCACAAGAUCUGGACGCUGUUGGUGCAGAUCAUGGACGAGGAUCUGCUCAGGGGCUGUGUAUACAUCAACAAGUUUCUGGCCCUUGUCGAACUGGGUUUUCGCAACCCCGACAAUGGUGUUCGCUCAGAGGCCUUCCUUUGCUGGCGUGUGUUGAUCAAGAUCUUUGCCGCCUACGAUGAGCUGGCAUCCGUGAAGAGACUUCGCUUGCUUCUAAUCCCCUUGCGAACCUCACAGUCACGAUCCUCUCACGUGAGUGGCAUUAAACUGCGUGUGUGGUGGUACCUUCUCAGUUGCCUGGAUCAAGAGAUGCCCAAAUCUUUUGACAGUGCUGUGGAGCACUUUCUGGCCUUCAUGUUUGGCGGAGGUCCUCGUAAUCUGCCCACUGGUCUGGCCCAUAACUACCAGACAGCCAGGGAGUUGGCUUUGCCCUGCCUGGUUUCACUUUGGGGCGUGGAGCCCAGUGAACCACUACAACGAUUGCUAAGGGAACUGCGUCUGGAAACCUUGGGUCAACCGUCGCCUCUAAUGAAUCGAGAGGUACUGCAGCAGCACUGGGAACCACUGUUGGCAUCAGCUGUUGCCGGUAUGAAGCUACUCACCGAAAACGACGCCACAGAAGCAGAACAGCUUCUACUACAGCUGCUCGUACGGAAUCUCUGCGUGGCCAUGUUUCGGUUUGCAUUGGCUCCCUUUAACGUGGCAUGCUGCAGUGAAAUGGAGAAAAUCCUGGUUGCCGAAAAUACCUCGGGUGGUCGGGUAGUACGUGCUUUCUUCAAUACCAUAGCCGGAGAGAAUUUGGUGAUGGAACGUGUCGCUGGAAGCGACCACCUUGAUGUUCUAGAGGCUUACCUAAAGCUGAUCAUAAAGUCCAGGACAGAAGUGCCAGCGGCAAUUCUGCAAAGGAGUAUAGCAUGGAUCUUUGCCGUCGAACGCAUUGAGGCGGGUAAUCAGAACGAGUUCCGGAUGCUUAGCUCUUUCGCUGAACUUCUGAUGCAGGCCAACGAUGAGGAGGACUUUGAGGGAUUCGCAGUUAAGCUACAACUGUGGCGGCAAGUCUCGCACGCUUUGUCGAACUAUCUGCGAGCCAACGCCCUUGAAUACCGCGUGGCACAUAAUGCUGCUCUUCUGGACACGUGGCUUCUAUGGCCGCUUCAGACAUUGGCUGCAUUUGCUGGACGUCGUGCUAGCAACUCCUUCGAUAGCUCUUUUUGCGAGCAAUGGCGCCACCUGCUAAAUGCUGGCCAGAAUGCAUCAGAAAGAAAGAAGUUCUUGACAGACCUGAAGGCUACGCUUGCGGACCUUUUUAAGAGCAAAGACGAGCCGCUAUUUGCGGAGCUCUUUGAUGCUUAUGUGGCCUCUGUAAUCAAGCAUGGACUCUGCAAGGAGGCACCUUUGUACAAAGAUGUCUUUGGCUUGCUUCAAAACAUUUUUGAGCACACCUCCUCCCAGCAGAUGCUUGAGGCCUGUUUGAACACCCUCCGCAAUUUGGUACUGGAGUUGCGCCAAAAUGAACUUAUGGUUGUGUUUGAUACCCUGAAACCCACUUUGUCCUCUGCCAUCCAGUGCUGGAAUAAGAUUAAGUGCGAGGGAGGAUUUCUGGAGGAGUGGAAGCGUGCCAUCCAAGAGAAGUUCCGGAAGUUACCCAUGAAAACUAUGGCCAAUCAGCUAAGAGAUCUUUUUAAAGGAAAUGACCUAUUCGUGAUCAUUCCCUCAGUGUGGAGCCUGAAUCCCGAGAAGCUUACGGAUCGUCAAAAGGAGCGCUUUGCCGAAAAGUCCGAAAUUCCAGCUCUAUACAAUGACAUGUCACAGUCACAGGAUUCGGCUUCUAUCAAGCCCUGGACGCCCAAGAAGGUAGUUAUCGCAAAGAGCAAACAGGGUGAGCUGGCCUUAACCGGCAAGGAUAACAACGAGGAGGUAGUCGAUAUUACAAAUAGCCAGGAAACGGAAAAGAAUCCAGUAACAACCGAUGUAUCCACCCCCAUUCGAAAAGGACCCGGCCGUAAAAGUCGAGCUCAAAAAGAAGAGGAGGCCGCUACCAAGGCGUUGAAUCCAGUUGAGGAGCUGCCAAAGCGUCAGACGCGUACACGGGCGGCUCAAAAAGAUGUGGAACAGACGGCACAACCAUCACCAAUUCCUGAUCGCCAGCUAAGAUCACCCAAGAAAUUGCCACCCCCACCACUCGCUCAAUCCACAGCAGCUGUCGGAAGACAGACUAAGGUUGCAAAACCCACCCCCGUUGUAGUAAUUGAGCAAAGCGAGGAUCUUUUCCCAGAAUGUACCGCUGAACAGGGACCUGACACAGAACCGGUUAAGAAACCAGAUGCUGCUACCGAACCGCAGUUAACGCCGCCACAAAUUCCCGUAGAGUCCGUGCCCUCCACCCAACUGCCAGGAAGCAGUGGUGAUGUUGCUCCUGCUGCGGCUGUGGUGGCUGCCGUGGAGACUUCUCCCAAGAAGCAGGGCACUCGAAUAUGCAAUUUGAAUUCCCCACCUGAUCGUAAGCAAACGAACAAUUCCUCGAGUCCCACCUUAAGGCCAAAGCCCACAGGCCAUCUUACCGGACGCGGUGCCCAGCUGAUCAACAUGAUCCGCAACAAGAAACUUGACGCCGCCGCCGGUUCCCCUUAUGCUUCCAUGUCCACCUCUCGCCUGGUGCACCAAGUCACACCAGCCCGUGUCCAAGAUCGCUCCGAGCAAGUGUCCACACCCACCAGCGAACUGAACGAACUGACGGGCACCGAUCACACUUCCACACCGAUUCAGGCUCCUGCCUCAAAGGACCUGCUGGUGUUCUCCAAACGACUGCCCUCGCCAUCAGCCAGUCCAUCGGUGAGCAUUUUGAAACGCAAGCUACGUUGCGAUAGCCUCGAUGAUGUCACUUUGGAUUCGCCGGCCAUGAAGCGAAAGCGGGUUAGCUUCCACGACCCACCGGUGUCCGUGACCAAAGAGUACCUGCGGGAUACCGAGGAGACACGCAGCAGCUUAAAGCCCAAGCGAUGCCUGCUAAUGGACAAAGUGGCCCAGACCACCGAGAUGCGCCAGGCGCUAAGGCGACGUGGUCGCCUAGACAGUAUAAUCGAGAUCGAGCGAUUCGCUAGUGAACAGACGGCCAGAACAGCGACGACAGACAAGGCUCUAGACAAGUCCACUGGAGAUGCUGCCGAAGAGGACGCUUUUACCAGCCUGAAAUGGAACGACACUGGAAACGCCCACAACACUAGUAUUAGUGAAGAAUCUGUUAAGGCCAUGGAGGUGGAGCCAGAGUCAGAGCCAGCUGGUCAGGAUCUAGACAUGGAUGCAGAUGCCGCUCUUGAACUGGUCGUAGAGCAGUUACCACUGGAGUCCGUUCUGCAGCGGUACUUUGAUAAGAGCCAACUGAAGAACGCCGGCAUCUUGGCCAAGUUCCUGUCCGCUCAAAUGGCAGGCAACGAUAAACUAAAGACCAACGUAUUAGAGACUCUGUCGGAGAACCACUCCAAAGACUUCCUGGACCACGCUGUGCGGGAGAACCUUUCAUCGGUGGUGUGCGACCGCCUGAAUCCCAACUCUGUGCUGGAAUAUGUUUGUGCCAAAUCCAAGAUCAGUAACAGUUGCCGCAUCGGGCUGUUGGCCCAAGUGCCGGAAAUCCUAAAGAGCGGCCCACGUUCCGAUGGCGAGCGGCUGGCUUUUAUGCAGCAGCUGCUGGUUCAGUGCAGCCCUGGUGACGACCAGCUCAUCGAUCUCAUUGACCUUCUAAUGCGUACGAGACGCGAGCGGAACAGCAGUAUCCCCAGCCGCAUUGCAAAAAGCGUUGUAUCCGCAGCUGGAAGCCCUGACAACGUGGCCGAGACCGCGGCAGACUCCUCAUCCAACUUAUGAGUUGAGUUGAAAUUUUACAUGAAAUUUUGCUUAGUUUGCCAUUGACUUCGGAUGGAAAAUAGUUUUUAUCUACUUAGUUUUAGAAAGUUAAGUUUAAUUUGCAUUUUGUUUAAGAUAUAUUUUAUGCCCGUUGGUGUAUUACGUUUCGGCUGCAAAAUUUUGCUUCAUUUUACAAUAAAUUCAACAUUUUAUUUUUAA